UUUUUGUUCAAGCCAGAGAAAGCAUCUGCCUUUGCGCUGAAGAAGAUAGUUUGAACAUUCUCUAAACAGUUUCCUUUCCAGAAGGAGUUGUAACUGGGAUCCCACUAACGAUAAGUGUGCUGUCCUGGAAGGAAGCUGAAACUGCUUCAUUGCAGUAGGAAGGAAUAUUCCAGGAGUAGUGGAAAACGUAUUCUCAAGUGCUGGGGCCUAGAACCGAUGGCAGACAAUGUCAACAACUAACAACAUAGCACAGGCCCGGAAGCUGGUGGAGCAGCUCCGCAUUGAAGCUGGCAUUGAGAGGAUCAAGGUCUCCAAAGCAUCUUCUGAGCUAAUGAAUUACUGUGAGCAACAUGCCAGGAACGACCCGCUGCUGGUUGGAGUGCCUGCUUCGGAGAAUCCUUUUAAGGACAAAAAGCCUUGUAUCAUCCUAUAGCUUUCCUCGCUCUGGCGUGCGUGAUCUCUCAGGCAGGGCACCGUUCUGUAUCCACUGAAACCAAGUUACAAACUUACAACUGCGCCGAGGGGGUAAACACUAAAUGUUGGAUUCAAAUAGAACUUAAAUCUCAAAAAUUGGAAGUGGUUUAGCAAAGGGUGUCUGCUCCUGAGCAGGUUCCAUAUUGAGAGGGGUUAAAAUUUAAAAACAAACAAACAAAAAAAACAGGGUUGAGGGGUGGGGGGGUGCAUUUUUAAUAGUGACAUUCUCAAUUGGUAUCAGGGUGGUGGAGGAAGUGGAUUUUUUUAUUGCAUUUGCCAAUGGGUUGCCAGACCUGAGUACUGAGAUUUCACCAUUAGAAGCUUUGAACAAAGCUCUAGGUGGGUCUGACUCGGUGGUUGGCUUCCGAUUCCAAUUAGCACAUCGUUUCCAGAAUUUCAGUCCAGUUGCUCUGUCUCUUGAGGGAGGACGAGGGAGAAGAGACCAGGUGGGUAGCUAUUUUAUAGAAAAAUAAUAAAAAGAACCAAAACACAACUUAAAAAUUGCUAUUGCAAAUGACUAAAUUGAGAAUUAGAGGAGGAGGGAUGGAGGCAAAGUGAAAACUUGCAUUGCAAUGAAACAGGGAAACUUCCUCCAUGUAGCGUGGCAUGUGGUUCUGCGGCAUCAACUCACCAUAUGGUAUUUGUAACAAAAGAAUCGCACUGUGGGGAAACACUUUGUGGAGUAAAAUCCAUCAGCCAUGAGAAUUUCUGUGACUCACGUUAGGAAGUACUUGGCCCAAGGCAUGGGAAACGUCAUUAGGGUUUAGGUCCUCUGAUCACUUCUGGGGUUUUAGUUCUCUGUAUUGUUACUGCUGUUUUUUUUCCAAACAGAACUGCUUUGGGGGUGGGGGGAGGAUGCUGUUUGGCUCUAGGGGGAGGAGAGGGCUUUUCUGUAGUGCGGUAUCCAAUGAGAAAUAUUUUAAAUAGGCCUUGUGGAAAUUCUCAGUCCAAAACACUAAAACUGGCAGAAUUACUAGUAUCUUCCCAUCUCCCCUUUUCUCAUUGAGCUUGGCUGAUGGAAAUAGUUCCAUUAAAACCAGUUAAUUCGGGGAGAUGAGGGUAAGACUGUAGAAAACGUAUUAAGCUCCGUUCCCAUCCCUUGGCAGUCCUGAAACGCUGGUGCGAUUUAACGGGGAGCUUUUUGUUCACCAACAUAAGACGCACGCACUGCAGCGUGGGAGGUGAGUCCGCGCGGCGUAGCCCGUGCGGGAGAGGGGCAAAGCCGGCGAGGCCUCCUCGCGUUGCCUGCCGCAGAGCGUGAGCGAUGGGGAGCGCCGGCUCCCUGCGGGGGGCCCGGC